GAGAAGAAUCGUCGUCGACGCCAAGAGGUGGUAAUCAACAUCCAGGAGGGGCUGACUGACCGACUGACUGGGCGAUGGGUCGGCUCUUCCCCUACACAGUACCCAUUGCCUUUUUUCUUCAAAUCCCAUAGAUAAUGCCAUCCUAACGAUCCCUAACUGAAGAACUUCUACCUAGCGAGCCCCUGAUUUCAGACGCGCAGCUUGCGUGCGUUCGCGAUUAUGCGGUAUUCCUGGGCAUGGAUCACUGGGUUUGCCAUCUUGAGUCUGACGGCAAAUAUUGUGUUUCUGAUCGGGUGCAUCUCGCCAGCUACGAAAGACAUUUGUCUCUACCGAGUUAACGUGACACUCCUGGCCGACGGACUCCAUAACCUAGCCUUGGUUGACAGCGGCAAUGAAACCGACCUUCUUGUCCCCCCUGAGCUGCCUACUUACUGGUACUGGGGCAUGGCAGGGAUAUGCGACGUUUUCGAGAAGACGGGGGAGACGCGCUGUCGACGCGCGUUUCCGCCGACACAGAACCUCCUCGGCAUUUUAGAGGGUUCACUUACAGACCGCCUGGGUGACGAUGAAGGACAGCGUGUCGGCAACAUUCUGUCUUCCUGGAAUGCCACGCUGCACAAGAUCAGCCCGGACAGGCUCGUUGCUAAAGAAGCCAAGUUUGCCGCCCAAAGCAAAGCCAGCGCCGCACUCGCCAUCCUCGCCAUCAUAUUGGACGCCGCGACUCCUUUAUUGGCCUCAUUUCUACUCAGCGACCAGAGCCGCCGGCGAGCGUAUAUCGCGCCGCUCUUGAGCGCAUUGAUCGCCAUGGCCGCCGGCACGCUCGCCACAUUGACUAUGAGAGACGGCGUGCAUGGGAUAGUGGACACUCCUGAACACGGGGGCCCGGCCAUCAUCAUCGUGUUCGUUGGCGCAGCUCUCAGGUUGUUGUCUUGCGUUGGCGCGUGUGGCGGUUCCAGAAAUAAGCUUCGGAUGACCAGGAACGAGAAAAUUGGAUUUCGUGGAGAGCAGCAUGUAUGAGUUCUCCUUUAGCCUGCGGCUCCGUUUGCAUAACUGAUCAUCGACCGCAGAUAUA